UCUCCUCUUCUCCUUCAUAACACAUCUACCUUUGACAUCUACCAGACUACUCACAUCUACUCGCCUCUACUAUACAAAGAACGACGCACAAUCUCCACACAUCCCACCAUGUCCUCCCCCAUCACCUGCCACGUCCUAGACAGCACCACUGGUCUUCCCGCCACGGGCGUCGAGAUCCGUCUCUACCAAUUCAAGACGGCCGAAGAAGUCCUCGAGAUCUUCCCCGAUGCCGAUGAGGAGAACCUCGACGGCACCUUCGAGCUCGGGAGUAGUCACACCAAUGAUGAUGGUCGAUGUGUAGACCUGGUUGAUGCUUCGGAUCUGGAGGACCUGGGCGUGCCCGGAGAUUACAAGGUCGUUUUUGAGACAAAGGCCUACUUUGCCAAGCAGGGAAAGGAGACUUUCUACCCAAAGGUAGAGGUGUCGUUUACCAUCGGUAGGGAUGAGGAGAAGAAGCACUUCCAUAUCCCACUGCUCAUCAGCCCUUUCAGCUACACUACCUACCGGGGAUCCUAGAUAUUUCUCGCUGAGUGGUGGGGCAACGCUCGGGCCGCUCGGGUUCCGAUACGACUGGAGCCUAGCAAUGUCAAAGCAGAGAUGAUGUCAGAUGAAGCAAGAGAAAUGGCGAGCAACGUCUGUUCAGACAUGAAAGCUGUAGCAUUUCCUUCCGCACGCACAAUGUGAAUAGAUGACAAUCUUGAGUAAUUUGCAAAGGGAGCCUCUCUGGUCCUUCUGCGCCUGCAUCACUGCCACAAGCAAGCUAGCGCUGGAGCAGACAGGUCAUGUCGCCACUUCCUUCCUUUACAUCGCCCUACCGCACUGACCUCAA